AUGGUAUUUAACGGACAACAUGUUAAAAUUCCUCCUGAGGAGUUUAAAAGAAGGGAAACAUUUUUGACUGAAGGACAAAUUAAAUACAACAUUUUCGAUCCGUUUAGUUGGCCUUUGCAAGCGAAGUUGACUUUGGCUGCUGGCAUUGCUGGUAUAACAUCGUGUAGUUACUAUAAUAUCUUCUACAGAAAGCCGUGGUAUCAAGCAAUUGUUGUAAAAUCUUUGCUUAUAUCUGGCGGAAUGUGCCUCGCUUAUUUUGCUGGUAAAUCUCGUGUUUACAAUAUGGCUACAAGAGAUGCAGUUAUCGAGCAUUAUAUGGAAUUACAUCCUGAUGAUUUUGGCCGGACUUCUGAUUACAUUGGGCGUCCAUAUAGUGGAAUUUUAAUGCCUUGGUUUCCUCGUAGAGGUGCUUAUCCAAGAAAAGAAAAAAGCGAAUAUGAUCAUCCUGAAUGA